CUUUUAUUCAACCAGAUCCUGCUUAAUCAUAUCUUCUGACAACAUUCAAAGAAGAUAGAUUCAUCCUAACUAUGGUACAUGUCUCCGCGGCUCGUACCUUAGGUAGGACGAUUGAGGCCCUUUCAUAAAACAUAUUACUCAUUGCGCACGGUCGCUGGAUGACUUCUCGACUCAUCAGGAUCUAUCUAGCUUUGACCUUGUAGUCACUUGGUUUGCCGGCUUUUUGUUGUUGUGAACAUAGGCCGCCGCUGCCGUCCUCUUCUUCAUCAUGAGCGACAAAUCCAAGAACUCGGCGUAUUUGGCAGAAUACUACGAUCUACAGGCCAAGGCAGAUGUCACGAGAUUGAACGCUCAAGAUGAUGCCAAAAUCUACCUAUCGGCCCUGAAGAAGCAGGUGGAAUCCUACUACCCUCUUGAUCAUCACGGUGAACAUCUUGUCGUCCUGGACGUCUGUACAGGAACCGGGCGUGUGCUGGCCAAUCUCGCCACCGACGCCGUUCGGGACAACAUUCCUCUAUCCAAUGUCGAAUUUAUUGGGGUUGAUAAGAAACCAUCGAUGAUCCAUCGUGCAUUAGCAGUACAGCAGGAGACGCCGGGCAUGUCGCACGUCGGUCGCAUUGAUUGGCUCGUCGGAGAAGUCCUCCAUUUAAUCUCAGCCGAGCUGCUGGAAACCCAUAUCAAUCAGGUUGAUUUACUCCUGUCCGCGUCUGGCAGCGUCAGUCUUCUUACCGGGCCAGGGGAGCUCUUGAGGUUUCUCGCUCAGGCUGCUGCACUGCUUCGACCACGAUCCGGGCGUUUCUAUCUAUCUGUAAGGAGAGAUCUACUAUCGGCGCAAUCUACCACGGAGCCAAUGAGCGAAAACGCGACAUGUACAGGGUUGUGCGAACGGCAUGAAUUCCCGAGUGAGCUCUAUGAGAAUAUUAUUUACAGACAACUGCCAAUUGGCAGUCCAACCGUAGAAGGGUCAAUCAAAAGCGCUCUCUACCAGCUGCAAGUGAUCAAGCGGACUAAUGCCGGUCAUGAAGAAGUUAUCGAAGAGAGCCAUAUUGAAUCCGGGCAAAAGAUCUGGAAAGAGCCGGAGCUCUUGAAAUGCUCGAAGGAGGCGGGUCUGGAGUUUGUCGAAGCCAUUCAUACUUUACAUGAGACGUAUUAUGUUCUGAAGCAGGCUGGGUGACCGGUGUUUUGCUCUAAAAUUAUGAAAAGCGUUUUUUUUUUUUUUUGUCUUUUUUCUAUGUUUCCUUCUCAGCACCGUGUGCUUUUCCUUCUCUCCUUGUUCUGUCAUGUACUUUUUAGGCCCGACUUCAACACCACGCAGAUUACUGAUUUAUCUUGACUUCACUAUCUUCGUUGGUCAUAUUGGCACGGGUUCAAUUGAGGUCCUUGUUUUAUAUACUUAAUACCAAAAAUCCUACUUCUGUG